CAAAUCAAUCUCUAAAUCAAUUAAACAACCUUCAAAUCAUCAAAUUAGCUUCAAAAUCAACUGAACUUAUCUUCAAAAGCUUAAUUAAAUAUUCAAAAUAAUAAAUAAUCUGAUAAAGCAUUCAGAAUAAUCAAAAAAUCCUUAAAAAGUACCGAACAAUGACUUAAAACUCCCAAACUAUUAAAAAAUUCAAUAAAAGUCAUCAAAUCAAACCAAAUAAAUUAAAAAACAAUUUCAAGUCAUGGAUAAUUCAAAUUUCGGAUCAUCACACCUCUCAUCUCCAGCCCUCGUCGUAUUUUCACAAGCCGCAAAUGGAUUAAGUGAUGCACUCCGAUUACAAAGACCAUUUCAUUCGCAAUUACAAGAUGCCAAAGAUUUGCAUCAUUUAUCUUUAGUGAGCAGUUACGGUACACAUUUAUUGCACGGUUUCCAACCGCACUUUUUACAUCAACAUUUAAAUCCUGCUGUAUCGUCAGCAUCUAGUCCAUUUGGAAGUGGCGGUGCAUUUGUUAAGCCAUUUCCAUCAAACAUUUCUCUUCCGUCUGCCUUUCAACCACCAAAAUGUUUAGGUUUCGGUCUUGAUCAAUUCUCCAAAUUUAAGGGCUUAUUAUUUGGCUCGGGUAAUAACUCGACAAGUACAGGAGGCGGUGGAAGUGAAUCAUUUCGUACAGAUUCAUCAAGUCCAGCCUGUGCCUCAUUAUCACCACCAGCAAAGGAUGAAUCCAUGGAGGGACAUACGAGCGAGGAAGGAGAUCGUGAUAGAAUUUGUAGUCCAUCUCGUAGUCCCGAGACACCUGGCUUUCGAAGGAUUGGUCCGAAAAAGCCAAUGCAAAUCAACACACAGUCAGCAACAGGUCACAACUCAUGUCCAAUUUGUGGCAUUCAAUUAUCACUUGAUGAGCUAGAUCAGCAUUAUUCAUCGGAACUCCAACGCUUAGCUAAACCAAACAUGUACAAUGAGAGACAAGAAAUCAGACGAACGCUCAGCAUGGAACUGCAUGCUGUUCAGGGCAGUUUACAGAGUCGAACUAGUCGAUGGGAGACAUUUCAACGCAUUCGUGUAAAUCGUCAAGGGCGAUUGCGAGGUAAAUUGCGUAAGAGGAAAUUUGAGGAGGAGGCAUAUGCGAAUAUGACAUGUCAAUCAUGUCCAGUUUGUCACGGUCGUCUGCAGAGAACGCAAGAGGAAAUCGCACAACAUAUCGAGGAGUGUGUACGAAAGCAAAACUCGCAUUCUUCGCAGAUGCAAGAUGAAGAUGAGACGGUAGACGUCGAGAGCUAUGGUGAGGAGACAUCAAAUGGUGCUAUCAACAUGACAUCCCAGAAUCAUCAUUUCAAUAACAGUAACAAUAAUAAUAAUAACAACAAUAACAGCAUAAAUAAUAACAAUAUUAGCAAUCAAGUAAUAAAUAAUAAUAACAAUAAUAACAACAAUACAAUCAUGCAUAGUAAAAUUGAUAAAACAACUCCAGAAGAUCAUCACACGAUAACAUCACUUAAUCGAGCCGCCACAAAUUGGGAUCAUAAAAGUCGCAUGUCAUUAAACAUGAAUUGCACAACACAAAUAAAUGAGAAUGCAAUAACUCGUGUGACGCCAACAAGCAGCGAUCAACGUAUUGAUGUGGAAUAUGAGUUGGACAAUGAGCGCGAUCAGAGUCAAGAGCGAAUGAGUGAUAAUGAGGAAGAGUUGAUUGUCGAUAAUACCGAUGAUGAGAAUGACUGUAACGGAUUGAAAAGGAAGCUGCCUCAGCAACCACCGUCGGCUCAGCGAAUUGUGAAUGGAUUGCGUGAAAUGAAAAAAAGCACAGAAGAAGCAACAUCAUCAGUUGAAAUUGAUUCAGCGACCGAGUCAAAUAAUCACACAAUAAUCAGAACACCAAACGACACAACACCAAAUUCUGACUCAUAUGUGAGUACAUCAGAGACGAUUGAGCCACCAGCAUCAAAGGCACAGGUUUUAGAAGAGCUUAAAGCUCGCAUUCGCGAAUUGGAGGGAUCACCGCAUUAUAAAUGCUUCAUGUGUAAGGAAAAAUGUAAAACAUUCAUCAUCUCAACAAUCUGUGGUCAUUAUCUCUGUGAAGACUGUUGGAUUACUGUUUCUGACAUCGAGAAGCAAUGCCCACGAUGUAAAAUCACAACAUUAAAUAUCGACUUUAGGAAAAUAUCAUGUUUAAAUUAAUAUCGUAAAGUAACACACAAAAUAAAUUAUUGAUCUAGUUAAAGAAAUUUUCAUUUUUAUUAUUCAUAUAAAAAAUUUUUGUUGAUAAAUUGAGUACGUAUGAAGGCAUGAAAAUGAAAAGAAGAAAAGUUUAACGUGCAAUAGACAUUUCAUUAAAAAAUUAAAUUCAUUAAAUAUGUGUACAUAGUAUAAUUAAUAAAAUUAGCACAAUUUUCUCUCUUUGAGUCUCUCAUUUUUCUUUAAUAUUCAUGUACAAGAGCUUUUUCCCCCCACAGCACCCACAAAAAAUAUUGAAAUUAGAAAGGGUCCGUUCAAUUAUGACGUCCAUCAAAAAACCUGAUUUUAAGACCCCCCUCUGUCACAAAAUUUCUGAGGAAAAAAAAUUCAUUUAUUUGAGCUGUCACAAAAUUCUAGACCUCUCCUAAAUGUUGGACGUCAUAAGUGAACGGCCCGAAGUUAAAUGUUACAAAAGAAUUGGAGGUUUUGGAGGAAAUCUUUGUCAGAAUUGAUUAGGAAUUGUUUAAGAAUUUUUAUUAUGAUCCGUCGGGUUUACAAUAAUAUUUAAAAUACAAAAGCACAGGGAAGACCUCAGCUAUCUUAAAUGUAGGAAAAAUGGUUGUAUGAUUACUUAUCAAAAGCAUAAUUAAAUGAUCUGAACUUCUUGAUUUGAAAAAAUUUCUAAUUGUAGUCUAGAAUCUUAAAAAAUAAUGAAACACGUUGGGGGCCGUUCACUUAUUACGUUCGCAUUUUAGGGGGAGGGAAGGUUUGAAAAAUUGUAACAAAAUGUAACAUAUGGGGGGGGGUCAAGAAGUAUGUAACGUUCUAAGUGUCGUCUGUCUUUUAGAAAAAGUUCAGGAAAAUAAUUUGUUUACAAAUUCACACCAAAAACAUUUUUUUAAAUUUUCCACCUUUUUAAUGAUUUAUGAAAAAUUAUCAAAAUAAAAUAAAUUAUGAACGUUCAGGGGGGGGGGGGUGUGAGUUGUAACAUAUUGUAACAAGGGGGGGGGGGGUGAAAAAAGUCGUUUUUUUGCGUAACGUAAUAAGUGAACGGCCCCUUGAGGAUAAAGUUUUAUAACUGAGAAUCGAACUCAUGAACAUUAGUUUACCAGCCAAGUAUCUUACCAUUAGGCCACUGAGACAUACAAUGUCUUGUGCUAAUUUCCUUAUAUAUGUUAAGAGUUUAGCAAUUGAAUUUUGGAUUUUGUUUAUGAGUUUUUGAUUCUUUUAUUUAUGAUUAGAUCUGAGUAAUUGCUAGUCUAUGUUGCAACUAUUAAGUCCUAAACCAGUUGACAACAGAUUCAAACUCAGUUCAGCAUGUAUAGUUUAAAAGACAAAAUUCUGCUAACUUAAAACUUAUUGAAUAAUAUAAACCUUUGUCCCUUCUGCUUGGAAUCAAUGCGUCAUGAACUAAAAGCAACAAAAAUAAGUUCCAAAUAACAAAGCUCGAUUCCUAUAUCUUUCAAAAUCUCCUCCAAAGCCUCCAAAAAAAACAAAAAGGUUAAAAAUUUUAUGUAUCAAAAUGAACAAAAACAAAAAAUUAAGAAAUAAAG